AUGAGUGGCGAGUGGGUUUGCCAUUCGAAGGCUGAAGACCAUCGAUUGAGUCCUGCGACGUGCGGUUGUGUGCGUGAAGCCAUGUUGCAGGCCUUCUCUGGUGAUAACAGAGACAACCCUAGCCCGUAUCCUUCAGUUCAGAGAAGUCUAUCAUCCGACUACGAAGUGAUUGCAGCCGAACAAACCGUUACCACAGGAUACCAAACUAUGAGAAGAGAGUACUCUGCUCCUACGGCAAAUGAUCCUUUGACCAGGGACGUUCUGGUCCUCCCUCCCUCGGCGCUUCGCCGCCGAACGGCGUUAACUAACAAUUCAGGACAUAAGCAAAUCCAUGUGUGGCCCUAUGAUUUGGAAUCUGCCAAAUUAGUAAAUUCGACGCGCCUGAGGUCCAUCGAAAGCCUCAAGGACGUCAUCAAUAGUAUCGGGUAUGAAACUUUUACCGUGUUGAUGGUGUUGAUGACUGUGUGUGGCCAAUCUUGUGUGCGACCAUACAGGGGACCGCCUUGUACUCGUACCUUCGUUACCCGUUCCAAGUAUCGUUGGAGACUUGCGCUGUCCCCUUGGAGAGUGGUGUAG